AUGAACGGUGUUGGUCCAUUGAUUGCAGCGUCGCCGACACCUCACAGCGAUCCGAAUUUGGUUGGGAUCCAGCCAGUGGAUAUCCAUCAGUUUUCGCAAAGCACCCCAGCUAUUUGGCCGGGUCUGGAACCGUUAGAUGCUGCUCAAGGGGGUUUGCCUCCGCCGCCUCAGCAUGUGCCAUUACCGCCUACGUUGCAGCCUUCACCGUAUGCUCAAAUGGUAUUUCGUUGCUUAUCACUCUCACAUUGCAUUUUGUGGAUUUUUGAAAAAAUUUUUUGGUUUUUUACUAGGCUUCAUGAGGUUUCAGUGGUGUUUAAAUUUUCAGUGCCUCUGUCAGGCAGAGCGCGAGUUGACAACGAGAGAAGGGAAAAUGUGGUACAUAGAAUAUUGUAA